AUGUUCUAUUCGAAACGAGGCUGUUUUCAUACGGGCACAAGAGGUAAACAUUACGUGCAACUAGUUAAUUGAACAAUCUUAGUUCUUAGAUGAUUUCAUAUUAAUUGAGUAUAUAGAUAAAAUCAGUUUAUUUUCAAGUGAGUGGUAAAAAAUUUUUCGUUAUUUUUUUGCAAACAACUAGCAAAAUCAUCGUUAUGUACACUAUCAUUCAAUAACAUUUUGCGUAGGUAGAAAUCUUUGAAAAUAUGACUGGUCUGAAAAGGAUUGAUAUUGAUUUUUUAUAGACAUUUAUUUUUUAUAAAUAUAAGAUUAUUAAUAAAAAACUAACUACAAAAUUGACCAAAUUUGUAAUAUUGUUUAUAUUAUCUUCGUUUCUUCUUUCGUAAAUACUUUUACCAUAAAUACAGGCAAAAAAAAUGGCAGACGGCGGAUUCGAUCCAUGCGAAUGCGUUUGGAGUCACGAAGGGGCUAUGCAAAGGCUAUUGAAUAUGUUGCGUAAUUCGCAAAAUCAAUGCUCCGAUACCGAAUGCUUUCAAAACCCUCCUGGUCCUACCGGAACCCCUGGAGAUGGAGGAUAUAGUAUGAUGAUGGUAAUGCUGGGAUGGUUAGUAGUAGCCACUGCUUUGUUUCUCUUGAGGCCUCAAAGUCUUAGACGUGUUACUGGUGGUGACCAGAAACCAAGUCGUAAUGGGCAAAAUGAUGACAAUCAAUCGCCUCCUCCUCCCCCUCCGGGUAUUCAAUAA